GUGCUGGCAGAGGGGGCAGAGCUGUAAAAAAGUCCAUGAGGAAAAAAAGUUUGAAAAAAGUUAGUAGAGUAGUUGGCCAGUGCGCAAGCGCUGCUGAAUGAGUAGCCUUAAUACCUCCCGGAGCUGUGAGAGGAUGUCAGUGAAGAAGGAGGAGGGAAAUCUGCAACUUCUUCAGGGCAGAUGACACUUGAGGGGGGACAGAGUCAGGAGCUCGAGUCAGGAGUGACAUUUGCUGCUGCAGUGAUUAUUGUCAUUGUGUGAGAGACUUUUUCUCUACUUCUUUUUCUCUGCAGUUUGUUUUGUUUUAAUGUAGGAGGUAAUAAGCGCAUUACAUGGAUGGAUAAUUAAAAUAGGGGAAAAAAAGGAAAACAGCCCAACUUGCUUGUCUGGUCGAAAAUAAAAGGAUUUCGUGAGAAGCCAUGCGAGGGAUUGAUUACAGCCGUAUCUCUGGGGAAGAUAUUUGAGAAGUGGAGGUUAUUUUUCAGCGGACAUGGACUCAGAGCGCCUCGCUUCAGCCUGAACUGGAUUUUUUUUAUUAUUUUGUGCAACUUUGCCUGAGGUCCCAAAACUUUUUAAUAGACGCAUUAGAUGUUGGGACUUUUUCACCCAGCUUUUUUUCUAUCUUAAAGAAAAGAAAAAGAGAGAAAAAAAACUCAGGCACUCACUUUUCAUUCAAACUCUCUUUAACAGUGAAGCUGGUGCACCUUUGGCAAGGCGGCUGCGCGCGCUGCUGGAUCAGCUCAAUUUAAUUUCUCUCUCCAAUGACAUUUUUAAAGUUCUUGGCUCGCCUCCGCUCAGCAGCCCCUCCGUUUUUAAUCUCAUUUAUUUACCACAUUAGCCUCUUGGCCGGCCUGAAAGGGACGCUUUUGUCGCGCAGAGCGUCUCUCUGAGUGGUGCUGGCAGCAUGCAGGGCAGGGGCUUCCCCGUGGCCCUGGCCGUGGCUUGGACACUACUGACCAGCCUGAACGUGAAGGCGAGUGGGGAGUACUGCCACGGCUGGAGGGACCCGCAGGGCGUGUGGAGGGACGGCUUCCCGUGCCCCGAGCGCUUCGACGGCGCCGAGGCCAUCAUCUGCUGCGGCCAGUGCGAGCUGCGCUACUGCUGCUCCAGCACCGAGGCCCGGCUGGACCAGGGCAGCUGCGAGGACGAGCAGCAACCCGGCCAGGGAGCAGGGCAAGGGGGCAAGGAAGACAAAAACACCGGCGCAGUGCCCAUCUACGUGCCCUUUCUAAUCGUGGGCUCAGUCUUCGUGGCGUUUGUCCUGAUUGGCUCAGUGAUUGCCGUGUGCUGCUGCCGCUGUCUGCGACCCAAACAGGAGCUGACGUCCGGCUCCGCUGGUUCAGGGGGCGGGUCGGGCGGUCGUCUCUUGGAGACCAUCCCCAUGAUGGCUGGCACAUCCCGUGGCUCCUCCUCCCGCCAGUCCAGCACAGCCACGUCCUCCAGUUCCUCAGCUCCAGCCACCACCUCCAUGGCCCCGCCUUUAAUCCCUCGUCCUGGUCCUGCCCCUCUGCUGCGGGCACAGGCCUCCUGCUGCCUGCCCCCGGAUGCCAGCGUCUACGUCAACAUGCCCACCAACUUCUCUGUGCUCAACUGUCAGCAGGCCACCCAGAUCCUGCCCCAUCAGGGACAGUUUCUGCAUCCGCAGUACAUCGGCUACGCCCACCCGAUUUCCCCAGCCGCAGCCUUUCUGGACCCAACACAGGCGGCCUACAGGCCUCUCCAAUCCCCCUUUCCCCCUCCCACCAGCGUAGCUAGUGUGACCAGUGUGACCAGUGAGCAGAAGCACCCACCUGUGACUGUGUGAUAGCUCACUAUGGGCCGAGUGUGGGCCAUUUGUAUGAAACACUCGACCAUUUGUAUGUUUUUAGACAAUGGAAGCUGUGCAGCGAGGACAGCGAGGUCAGUGGAAUCAGUGGGAAAGUCGAAUUGGAGUCAUAUGAGGGACACACAAACAACCACGGGUCCAUUAGAGGCCUUGCUGUGGUGGGUCAUGUGUGCGCAGCCAGCGGAGGUCAAUUUGUGUGUAUCUGUGUGAGUGUGUGUGUGUUCCAGGGUGUCUAUGCAACACAGUAGCCCUCAGGGCUGCAUGCCGAAUGCACUCACAUCACUGUACAAAAAAAAAAGCCAAGGAGAAAGUUCCAAUAAAUGGAGGUCAGCUUGAAUGUGUGACACUGAAUAUGGACACUGAACAGCAGCACACGCUAAAGACAAAGUAGUAAUGAAUGGAGGUCAGCUGGUGUGCUGUGUCCUCAGGCCUGGACACUGAAUGCGCUCAUAUCACUAUACAGGACAUACCGAGGAGAACGUUCCAAGUGAAGCUUGAUAAGUGUGUGGCUGUGUGUUUCAGGGUUUCUACAACAAAGCAGCCCUCAAGCCUGGAGACACUGGACACUCAUAUCACUAUGCAUAAAAGUUGGAGCUCAUUGUAUGUGUGUGUGUUUGUGUGUGGCUGUGUGUUUUAAAACACAGCCCAAAAUCCAGGUACUGAAUGCGCUCAGCGCACACCAAGGAAAUAGCUCUAAUGAAUCGAGGUGGAUCAGUUUGUCUAUUCAUGCUCAAAACAGUUGUGUCCUUUAAAUACUUUUAAUACUUUAAACAAGAUAUUUCUUUAGUAAAGGCUAUAGGUUAUGUGUAGGUCCGUGACAACACAAAGAACCAUUUAAAUGCUUUAAUGGAAAUCUUUUGCAACAGAAAAACUUUCAAGAACCACUUUAAAAUUGUUCUAUGUAGCACCAAAAAAGUCAAAGAUUUUCAGUACCGUGUAAAAUACUGUAUUGUGACUUGUUAGGUUAGAUGAGGUCCAAAAUGCAUAUCUAUUAAAAAAGCCUAAAAUCAUUUGACAUAUUUAAAUUUCAUACUCAAUAAACUUCUCGUAACUGUGGACAAAUAAUGUUAUACUUAAUAAACUGAGCUGUAUUUAUAUAGUACACUUUCCAAGCCCAUGGUUGCUAUUAAAUGCUAAUUGACACAUAUUGGGGGAAAAAAAAUUAUGUUUAUAGUUAUUAUAAAAAUAAGUACUGAAAGCUACUUUUUAAGCAAAAUGUGGUCACCACUUAGUGUGACAUAUGAUCCAUGCUGUAUACAAAAAAUAUUUUUCAUUUCAUUUAAAUGUAACAUAAAUGCUUCAAAAUCUCAUUUCAUUAUAAAAUCUCCAUACGUUACCUUUACUUAUUUGUGUUCAGCCACAAAGCUGCCUCAUGUUAGCAUGAUGGCAGAUUUACUGUCAAUCCAGUUUGCCUAGUUUUGCUAAUCUGUGGUAAUCCACACUUAGGCUCUACAGCAUAGCGUUUAAAACUGGAGAAAAAUAUAAAUAUUUUGUUUAUCCAUUCAUUAUAAAACUUUAGAGAGGACAUCUAAACAGAUGUGUUUUAGUCGGAUAUUAAUAAUUUAAUAAUAUUUAUAGCAUUCAGCUACUUUAGGUUGCAGGUUAAUGUGAACCUAUUGGUAACAUGCCAAAUGCAAUCUAGUCCUCACAGUAAUGCUCCAAUAUCUAGUAGAAUCUCUGCUCUGGACAGUAGAUAAAGUAAGUCCAACAAAAUCUGGAUAAACUCAUUUUUAAAACCCUUGAUUUUAGAAAAAACAAACAUUGGGCAGAUGUCUCAGUACUGUUGUCUAUAUAGUGUAUUUUGGCAUUUCCCGAGUUGUGGUCUACAGUUUAGGUUUAAUAGAAAUCUAGACAACAUUAUGUGAAGCUUGUCCAACUUGGCAACAGUUGCUAUGAAAGAACGCUUCUGUGGCAGAGCAUGAAUAGAUCAAUUGGAUAAUGUGUGAAUAUCGGUGUGUUCUAUGGUUUCUGUAACAACACAGCUCUCUGAGCGUGCUCUGAAAGUUCUCAUUUCACUACCCAGCACACAGCAAGCAGAAAGCCCUAAUAAACUGGUAAAAGUCCA